CUUCCUGGUGCGGGCGGACCGCGGAGGUGGACCUGGCCGCGGCCCCCCUGGCCUGUGAGCGUCGCCCAGGAGAGCGGAAUUGCGGGGUUGGAGGCAUAGGCCGCACCUCGGACCUUGACCUGUGGCCUGGGAGGAGGUGAGAUCUACUGGCCAGGCUCUGACCACCUGACCACCUUCCUGGGCGCCUGAGUCUGGGUUUCCUCGCCAGGACUCUCCCUUUGGCGGCCAGAAAGAAGCCGCUGCUAUUUCUCUCGUGAGAGCAAAAACUCUGCAGCUCCUGCUACGCCCAGCGGCCAAGCCCGGGCAGCAUGCAGACCCAGCAGAGUGGCGUCCAGUACAGCAGGUGGGAUGACAGCAGCCGGGACGAAGUCCACGUGGCUGCCGUGUCCAGCACGGAGGAGGCCUCAAGCUGGGCGAGGAUCUCCCGGAAGCUGUGCUCAGGCAAGCUGGGCAUCGCCCUGAAGGUGCUGGGCGGAGUGGCCCUCUUCUGGGCCGUCUUCAUCCUGGGCUACGUCACCGGCUACUACGUGCACAAGUGCAAAUAAGGCUUCCCAGCAUGCACGCAUGUGCCCGGGGACGCGGGCCCGGGCGGACACCCCUGUACACCAGAAUCCCCUUUGCAUGCACAGACCCUCAUGUACACGGAUCCUCGUAUACACCAGGUUUCCUCCACGUGCAUAGACUCGCCGCCCCCCCCACAGACCCCACUGUGCAGCAGUCACUGGCCAUCCAGGGGCACGCAGAGGAACAGGCACACAGGUCCUCGAUGACAUAUACACAUGCCUCGCACAGGCAGCCAGCCAGGGGCACACGUGGCCGGGAGACUCGGCCCAGUCUGAGCUGGGACCACAGGACACACCCUCUGGGUCCUCCCUGAGCGGGCGCUGUAUGGGGCUGGGGGUGCCUGGGUGGGCCUCCGGGCCCUCUUGUUUUGUAAGGAUGGCUCUGGGGGAGGCGGGGCUAUGUAUGUCCCCCUGCCCACCCCCCUCCCCGGGCUGAGACCCCAUCCUGGAAGUCGAUCCUGGGCAGGGUGGGGAGCGGGAGCCACCCUCAAGUGUUGUCUGCGGUGGGGUGGGCAUAGUUGCUCCGGGGCUUGGAGCCAGCAGGAAGGCCGCUGCCCCCGCCAUGCCCAGGGCGGAUGGGAACCUGUGCACCGAUGCAGUCAUUAAAAAUCUGUUGCAUGAA